GCCCCGCCCCUCCCGGUUCUCUCCAGCGGCGGGCGCUGUGAGGUAAAUAGAAGCGGAUCGCAAAAUGGCGGAGCUGCCCAGUCCCGUGCGAGGGGCGACGGUGGCGGCGCCGCCGCCUUUGCCGCCCUCGGCUCUGGCCGUCGACGCCCGCGUCUCCCCGCGCGGGCUCCAGCCGCCGGCCGCCAAGCGCCUCAAGGCGGACGAGCGCGGCUUCAAGGCGGCCAAGCGCCUCAACGGCGAGGGCCACAGGCAGCCGCCGCCGCCGCCGCCUCACAUCCCCGUGGCGUCUUCCCCGGCAGGCCCCGCCGUGUGGAGCCUGGCCGCCUUCUCCUCAGGCGGCGGAAGCGGCGGCCCGGCGAGCGGCGGCUCCUUCGUCUUCCAGCCCCAGCUGCCCGCCAAGUUGCUCCUGCCGCCGCCGCCCCUCUGCCUGGCCGGCGUGGAAGGGCCCGUCGGGGCCAAGAGCAAGCGGCCCAAGGAGAAGCGCGAGAAGGAGAGGCGGAGAGCCGGGGCCCUGGCCGGCACCGCGGCGUCCCCGGGAAGCGGCCGGGAGGAGAACGGCGGCGACCUGAAGAUGCUCCUCCAGCAGCGCCACCAUCGGCACCACCAUCGCCCGGGAGAUGAAAUCAUCAGAGAGAAAACCACAGAACGAGACAAGGAAAAGCAGAAAGAAAAGAAGAAGCACAGGUUAAUGUCUGAAAUAAAAAAAGAGAAUGGAGAAAUGAAAUUAUUUCAGAAAGAUGUAAAAGAAAAGGUGAAAAGCAAUGCAGACGAUCUACAGAUCAAAAAGGUAAAGAAGAAAAAGAAAAAGAAACAUAAAGAGUGUGAAAAACGGAAGCGUCCCAAAAUGUACAGUAAAUCUAUUCAGACCAUCUGCUCAGGAUUGCUUUCCGAUUUUGAGGAUCAGGAAGCCAAAGGCAUUGCGGAUCACCACCAUCACCACCACCACCACCAUCCUCUUAAAGAUUUCAGUGAGAAACAUAAGAAUCCCAAGAAGGACUCUGAGUCCGAGAGAGCGGAGAACAGUGAGUCUCCCUUUGUGUCGUUAAAGGAGCCACGGGUUCAGGAUAAGCUCCAAAGGUUGGACGCGUUGGAGUUCAAAGAGUUCAUUCAUGUUGAGCACCAGCCUAACGGAGGUGCCUCAGUGGUUCAUGCCUACACUAAGGAGCUCUCCCACUUGUCUCCCGUGGAGAUGGAGAGAUUUGCAGAAGAAUUUCUGGGUUUGGUUUUUAGUGAAGAGGACAACUGUGCAGCUUACUAUGUAAUGGGAAUUGUUCAUGGGGCAGCUACUUAUUUACCUGACUUUUUAGACUACUUUUCGUUUAAUUUUCCCAAUUCGCCAGUGAAAAUGGAGAUUUUGGGAAAGAAAGAUAUAGAGACUACGACUAUGUCCAAUUUUCAUGCUCAGGUAAAAAGAACAUAUUCCCAUGGUACGUACAGAGCCGGUGCGAUGAGGCAAAUCAGCUUGGUUGGAGCAGUAGAUGAGGAAGUUGGGGAUUAUUUUCCAGAGUUCCUUGAUAUGCUGGAAGAUUCACCUUUUUUAAAAUGUACUUUACCCUGGGGGACUCUUUCUAGUCUGAAACUAGAAAGUCGGAAAGACAGCGAUGAUGGUCCCAUCAUGUGGGUACGUCCAGGAGAACAGAUGAUUCCUGUGGCAGAUAUGCCAAAGUCGCCUUUCAAAAGGAAAAGAACUACCAAUGAAAUUAAAAACCUGCAGUACCUACCUCGUACUAGCGAGCCUCGUGAAAUGCUUUUCGAAGACAGGACACGAGCCCAUGCAGAUCACAUAGGACAAGGAUUUGAACGACAGACCACAGCUGCCGUCGGAGUGUUAAAGGCAGUGCAUUGUGGAGAAUGGGUUGAACAGCCUCGCAUAACCAAAGACGUAAUUUGUUUUCACGCGGACGAUUUCUUAGAGGUAGUUCAACGACUGCAGCUAGAUUUGCACGAGCCUCCACUUUCUCAGUGCGUCCAGUGGGUGGACGAUGCGAAACUCAACCAGUUACGAAGGGAAGGCAUCCGCUACGCCAGGAUCCAGUUGUACGAUAACGAUAUUUAUUUUAUACCGCGGAACGUUAUACAUCAAUUCAAGACAGUUUCAGCUGUGUGUAGCUUGGCGUGGCACGUGCGCCUCAAGCCGUACCACUCGGAGACCGAGAACCAAGCCCCCUACGAAACGGACCCCCCAACCGAUCCCACGUCUUCUUCUGUUACGGGGCUUCAGGCUGGCAGUGCCCUCCAUCCCACGGACAUUGGCGCCUCCGAAGAAACCAAAUUCUCAAGUAGCCUUCAGACUAAACACGCGAAGCAGGAGGUUCCCUGCACGCCACACGAACCUGCUCUCUCUCUCCAGCAUUCAGAGGGGCCCCUUCCCGUUGACCUUCCCGAAAAGACGGCAGCCUCCAGAGCUGCGGAAUGUCAGAAAGCUCAAGCCAGACCGGAUCACGCUCACUUGACAGGCUGGAGACUUGAGGCUGACUCGAACCCCGACCCCGGCCACCAAUACACGCAGGACAGCCUGUGCCCCGGGGGUCGUGUGAAUCAGGAAGACACAAGGCAGAGGAGCUCAACUUACUCGAGUCUGCACGGCAAACCAGACGACGAUUUUUUGUGUUAAGUGUGCGUGCGUGCGUGCGUGGGCGCGCGUAUAUGUUUUUAAAAUACUUUUAAAAUAUAACGACACAAUGUAAGGAGGCUUACAUUCUGUGAGGCAGGUUUUUUUUUUAAAAAAAAACAAACCUGCCCUUGCAGCUGUUGCAGCAUAAAAUAGUUUAUGUAGCUUUGUAACAUUCCUCCGUGCCUGUCCGUAACUGUAAACCAGUGUUUCUCAACCUUGACCAUUUUAAGGUAUGUGGACUUCAACUCCCAGAAUUCCACAGCCAGCAAUGCUGGCUGUGGAAUUCUGGGAGUUGAAGUCCACAUGCCUUAAAAUGGUCAAGGUUGAGAAACACUGCUGUAAACGUUUGAAAGCACUUAGGGCCAGAUGCACUGUAAACACUGCAGGUAUAACAUAAAAAAAGUCUUUAAAAUAUGAGUUGUAGGUUUUAGAAUAGAGCUGACAUUUAACAUAUAUAUAUUUUUUGUAAGGUAAGCCAGAAUUCUUUUUUGACAAUUCCAGGCUUUUCCAUAGAGCUUAUUUAUACCAUUUUUUUUCCUCCUUUUUAACGUGUCAGCACUGUAGUGUAAAUAGCUUUUUUUAAAAAAAAACAACAACACGAAACGAAACAAAAAAACAAAAAACUUUUUAGUGUGAUUUAUAUUAAAAUGUGAGCCGCUUAAUAAAGGUUCAUAAUAAUUAUUUUUAUUUUGGAAAAAAAAUCUCAGUCCUGGUAUAAAAAAACAAAAACAAAAGGGAAAUAUUCUUAUAUUAAAAAUGUAUAGCUGUAUUAAGUAAGAGAGAAUUUGUUGUUGAAUUUCCACAAAAAUCUUAACCUGGAGAAGAAUAAGAAAGGUGCACUUCCUUUGGGUCGGAUGCUAGACAAUAUAUCAGAAUUAAGACAAAACUCUCUUCCCUUUUCCCAUCUUUCGAACCUAGACUUCAGCAAGGAUUGAACAUUUGAGUACUCUUGACCGGCAUAUCACUAAAGUGGAGUCCUAAUGGGUGGCAAAUCAUAAAUAAAUACAAAAAAGAGGGAUACAAAAAAAGAACAGUACUACAGUUUAUCAGUUAUUUGAAAAAAAAAAUGUAUCAAUAGACUAGCACUGCUCCACUUAUUUCUUUCCCCCCUGUCCUUUGGGCACUCAGUUCUGCAGAUAACUAAAGAGAGUUUUACAAUACCUGUAAGAAAGGAAAAAUAAAGAGCAGUGCAUUUACAACCAAGAAUAUCGCGCCGGAUCAGUAUGAAUUUCCCUCAUGCAUCUGGCUAAAUACAGUGAGGAAUCUGCUUAGUUUAAUGCCCUCUGGGCCAGAACUUAAAAAGUUUUCCUUUAUACAACAGAACACAAGAACCACUGCCUGUUUCUGCCCUCUUUUAUGGCACGAACCCUCUUCCAUUAUUCCCAGCUAUAAUAUGAAAAAUAGCCACUAAAAUAUCCGCCCGUCUUGUCAAUUCCAUUUUGAGUCUUCAGCUUUGCCAUCCAGGUGGUGACGAUCUUCACCGCAACCUUGGCCUCGCCAUUUGGUUGAGCACGCAAUAAACCUUCUCCUUGUCACAUC